GUUAAUGAUAUUCAUUAUUGUGGUUAUGAAUAUUUAAUAACGAUAUUCAUUUUGUUAUGGUACUUUGGCCUAUAUAAAGUGGUUGCAUUCUAUCAUUAGCUGGUCAUAAUCCCAUCAAUAGUCUAGUUACACAUCUAGCACAAAGCAACAACCAUGGCUGGGAGGGUGCUGCCUUGCUGUAUUACAGUUACAACCUUCCUCAUAGUCAUACUAUUUGCUUGCUGUCCAGUAGUGAGGGCAAUCUAUUGCUUUGGAAGAGAAGGAGAGGUUAGGUUAGCAGAUGGACCCAGCUCCAGAGAGGGGAGAGUGGAUAUUUGUGAUGGUAGAUACUGGCGCACUCCAUGUCAAGACACCUGGGGAAUUGAAGAGACUCGAGUGGUGUGUCGAGAGCUGGGGUUUUGUCAGCAAGGAGGACGCUUAGUAACAGGCCAUAGUUAUCAGGAGUAUAUUCUAUUUGAUAUCAAUGAAGUCAACUGCACUGGAGAUGAAGCUACACUGAGCAACUGUUCUGUGACAUUAUACUAUUCAAGUAACUGUGGCAACUACGUUGGGGCCGGAGUGUCUUGUUAUUCAACCCCUAAAAGGCCAACAAAUGUCGAGAUCACUUUCAUUGACUCGUCCUCCAUUCAAGUGUCCUGGUUACCUCCAGACAUGGGCAACUGCACCAAUGUGGAUGGAUACCGAAUUAUCUGUUCUGAUGAUAUAUCGUGUAAUAGGCCUUAUUCUUUUGUGGAAGAGACUCCAAGUCAUUCAUUGAAUGUGACAUUCCACGAUCCUUAUGAUAAUGAUAAUUUCAAUUCUUGCUUCUUCUAUUGCCUUGUUUCUGGUAACAACAGUGCUGGAGUAGGUCCUGCUAGCUAUGUUUAUGGACCUACCCCCAGCCCUCCAAGAAACGUGACAGUCAAGCCUUCAGGACAAACGUCACUGCUAAUUGAGUGGCUGGAGCCAAAACAAAUCUAUGAACGAUACGGUGAAUAUUAUGUGGUGUGUGGGACACAGACUAGACCUAGAGUCAGCUCUAGAUAUAUAUACAGCAUCACAGAAACAGCUGUUAACAUUACUGGACUGAGUGUGUUCACAAGAUACGAAUGCUGUGUCACAGUGAACGUCGCCAGCUGGUAUAGUAGUUUCCCAAGUUGCGUGAAUGCUACAACUGCUCCAGAUCUCCCUACUGCCCCUCUGGCUGUCAACGUCAUUGAAGUCACAUAUAAGUCCAUCCAACUGGAGUGGUCCCCGCCACAACCAGCCAAUGGCACUAUCUCCCACUACACCAUAUCAUGCCUGCAAGCUAAUGGAACUAUUGUGAGCUUGAAUACCACUGCUGAUGGACUAGAGACUGUGAGCAACCUCCAAGAAUUGACCAACUACACUUGCUGCAUCUCUGCUACUAAUGAAGCUGGUGAAGGAAAUCAAACUUGUGUGGAUGCAAGGACAGAGCGAGGUUCUCCUACUGAACCACAAGAAGUUGCCAUAGUUUCGGCCUACACUAACGGUAUCACGCUGACUUGGACAGAGCCAGCUGAGAGCUAUGGGCAAGCUAUCCUGUUCUACAGUAUCAACUGCACAUCAGCACACCACAAUGCAGAGAUACAACGAGCAUACAAUACCUCUGUGGAAGUGUCUGGUCUUAAUGCCAACACCAACUACACUUGCUGUGUUUCAGCAGGGAACUCUGUGGGCGUUGGACUACAUCAAUGUAUCGUUGUCAUGACUGCUAUAAAUACUGAACAACCACAAUCUGGAAGCAACCUGGUGACAGCAGUGUCUGCUGGAGCACUGCUAGCAGUGUUGCUACUUCUGUGUAUUGUGAUAACAUGCAUAACCUGUUGUUGUUGUUACAAGAGAAGAACGAGCAAACAAGUGACUCUUCAAGGUCAACAAAGCACUGCAGAUCCAGUGUACGAGGUUCCUGAAGAUAUAGAGCUCAAAGAGAAAGGCAGUACAUUGAAAACUGCUCCACAAAACAACGACACAUCACACAGACACGUGUACAAAGAAGAGGUGGAGAUACGAUAUGAGAAACCAGUGCUUGCUUCGAGUGGAGGGACUGCAACGAACAAAAAACAGAGAGAGAAGAAGCCAAUGAUGCUGAUAGCUACUCCACCCAUCACUCAACCCAGCCAGCAAAGCGGUGAGAAGAUCUACCAGCCAUUGAUCCCCCCCAAGACUUACAAAGAACAAAAAGUCUCAGCCUACCAAGACCUGGCCUUUGAGACAAGAGACGCUGGGACAGACAUGGCUAAUAAUUCAGAGGGACAGUACGAGCCCAUCAGGAAAAAUGAUGAGGACAAUCAGUACGAGCCGUUGCCGUUUGGAGGGGGUGGGGCAUCUCAGGAGGGGGCGUACCAACCACUGAGCUUCCAGACGAAGGACGACAACACUUACGAAACUAUUCAAACAACCACUGCACCUGUACAUGAGAACUGAACUAUACUGACUUCAAACACUUGUUUUGUGUGUUCUGUGUGUUGCAUGCAUGGUUUCCAGUGGUUUUGUACACUAGUCUCUUCUGUUCAUGCACUCCUAUUGUUCUACAGUAAUAAUAAUUAUGCACGUGUUGGUUUGCUGUGUAUAUGUAUUUUAAUCACAAUUGCAUGUAGAAUCACAAAUGACAGUGU